AUUAGAUUAGAUGCACUUUUUAUCUCAACGUAAUAUCUAUUCAUCUCUCGCAUUACACAUGUAUUGCUGUCUUAGAACAUAUAUUUGUAGUAUAUGUUCUAAGAUUGCUGUACAUAUCGUAUAUCCAAUUGUGUAAGUAUCUGAAAUGCCUUCAAAUCUAUAGUAAAAAAUUUGUAUUAUAAAUUUUUAAGUUCAAAGCUUUGCACAUUAAACGAAACAGAAGUUACAUGUUGUAAAAUAUAGAAUUAUUAAGAAUAUGAACGAAUUGAGUUUGAAACUUGUUUUGCUCCUUGGUAUUGUUUCCUUGGCAACGGAUCUGGCCUGGUGUCAAAACAAUACGCGUGAAUGCAUGCUUGCGGCCACAUGUUGUACCAUGCAGUGUACUACACUAUAAAGCAAGAAAUAAUACUAAAUAGCUGUUAAAGUUUCGCAGUGCAUUAUUGUAAUUUUCGCUAUGUCUACGUUCAUAGAAAAUGUGCAGAUAAAGGAUGGAGAAUAUACUAAGAUAAUCUAUGUUAUGAUCAGAGAACAGCGAUAUACCGAAACUAUUAAAGUCUUGCUAAAUCUCUUAGAUUCUCAUCCUAAUUCUAGACCUUGUCUAUCCCUCCUGGGCCAUUGUUACUUUUACACGCAAGAUUUCAUGGCCGCGGCUCAAUGUUACGAGAAGCUGGUCCAGCUGUGCCCAGAGGAGAAUCUGUACAAGCUCUACUACGCCCAGUCCCUGCAUCAGGCCUGCAUGUAUCCAGAAGCGUGGGCGGUCUGCUCGAGCAUCAUCAAUCAGAGUAACUUGGAGUUCAAGGUGAAGAAGCUGCAGGCAGCUAUCAAGUACGGGCAGGAGGACAUGGUGGCCGCGAAGAACCUCGUGGAUCAGUGCCCCGCCGACGACGUCGACACUGAAAUCAAUCUCGGGUGUCUCUUGUACAAGGAGGAGAAGUACGAGCAGGCCCUCAAGAAAUUUGCGAACGCGUUACAAAUUGCGGGAUUCAGGCCUCACUUAUCGUACAACGUUGCCCUGUGCUACUUCAAACUGAAAGAGUACGCGGCAUCACUGAAACACAUUGCUGCCAUUAUCGAGCACGGUAUAAGAGAGCAUCCGGAGCUGAGCGUGGGGAUGGCCACCGAGGGUAUCGAAGUCCGAAGCGUCGGGAACACGCUGACGCUGCACGAGACGGCUCUGACGGAGGCGUUCAAUCUGAAGGCCGCCAUCGAGUAUCAAUUGCAAAAUUGUAAUUUUCGCGUCGGCUCUGGCUUCGAUCGAUCGAGGAAGAUUUAUACGUUCUUUAUAGCGUUCUUUAAUAUUACAGACGACGCGGCGAAGGAAGCGUUAACGGACAUGCCACCGCGUUCCGAGGAGGAGCUCGAUGCCGUUACUCUGCACAAUCAGGCGUUAAUAAACAUGGACACGAAGCCGAGCGAGGGAUUCGAGAAACUGCAGUUUCUGCUCCAGCAAAAUCCGUUCCCGCCCGAGACCUUCGCCAAUCUGUUGCUCCUGUACUGCAAGUAUCAGUAUUACGACCUCGCCGCCGACGUUCUGGCUGAAAAUGUACAUCUGACCUACAAAUAUCUGACGCCAUAUUUAUACGAUUUCUUGGAUGCGCUGAUAACGCAACAGACCUCGCCGGAGGAGGCGUAUCGCAAGUUCGACGAUCUCGCUAACAAGCACACGGAGGCGCUUCGCAAGGCGACCAAGCAGGUCCAGGAGGCGAGGCUGAAUCACGACGACAAUGCCGUGAAGAAGGCCGUGAACGAUUACGAGGAGGCCCUCGACAGAUACGUUCCCGUAUUAAUGGCGCAGGCGAAGAUCUACUGGGACCUGGAGAAUUACACCCAGGUGGAGAAGAUCUUCAAGAAGAGCGUCGAGUUCUGCAACGAGCACGACGUGUGGAAGCUGAACGUCGCGCACACGCUCUUCAUGCAGGAGAACAAAUUCAAGGACGCGACGCGUUUCUACGAGCCGAUCGUCAAGAAGAAAUACGACAACAUCCUGGACGUGAGCGCCAUAGUCCUCGCGAACCUCUGCGUCAGCUACAUCAUGACCUCGCAGAACGCCGAGGCCGAGGAGCUGAUGAAGAAGAUCGAGAAGGAGGAGGAGGCGGUGUCGUUCGAGGAUCAGGACAAGAAGCUCUUUCACUUGUGCAUCGUGAAUCUGGUGAUCGGGACGCUGUACUGCUCCAAGGGUAACUACGAGUUCGGCAUAUCGCGGGUGAUGAAGAGCCUGGAGCCGUACAACAAGAAGCUCGGCACCGACACCUGGUUCUACGCGAAGAGGUGCUUCCUGUCGCUCCUGGAGCAGCUGGCGAAGCAGUUAGUGGUCCUGAAGGACUCCACGUUGCAGGAAUGCGUUCAAUUCUUGGAGCAUUGCGAAGUUUACGGCAAAGACAUAAUGACAGUGAUAGACCAGCCGUUCGACAUACAGGACAUGCUGAACGUUUCACCUCAAGGCAAACGGACGGUCGUUUACGAGGCGCGAUUCCUCAAGACGUUAUUCUUGAAGCUGCAAAUGUCGUAGAUGCGUAAAGAAAGGCGCCUAUUGUAUAUAUAUUUUAUCUGAUAGUAUUUUGAUUAUUCUGAUUAGCAUGAUACGUCGAAUUUAUAUGGCCUGAACUUGUGAAUCGCUUUUCAAUCAUCUUCAGGAUCUGCUUGAUAAACACGAGAAUUUAUAUUGCCGAGAUAGUCUUUAUAACAGUAUUUCGUCGAACAAUUUUUUAUUAGCUUCAUAAUAUUAGUAUAAUUUAUUAAUUAUA